AACCAGAAACCACAUGAUGAGAAUGAAAUAAGUAUUUGUCGACAAGAAUGGAGAGUGGUAAUACUCUGUUGUUAACUGUAUUAAAAAGAAUACCAGUACAUCAGACAGAGGAGUAAGAAUGUCUCUUUAGACCAGACAAAAGGAAGGGAAUCAUGACUGGAACUUAACUUAUCACAUAGUAAACCCAAAUCAAAAGGAAACAAUGGUGUCAAUGAAAGGCAUAACCUCCAAAACCAGACAACUGGAAAAGCUGAAGUUCCUGUCUACAGUCAUUCUGAUAGUGGCUUUAGGACUGGGACUGUACACUCAGUGGCAAGUGACAGAAAACACAGCCAUCUUGAUUAUCUCCCUGGUUGGCCUGUUAGUGUUUGGCAUUUCUUGUGCCCUACAGUUUUACUUUCACUAUCCAUACAUAGGACAGAUCUUGUUCCACAUCUGGCUUGGGUGCAUUCUGGGAAUUAUUAUUUUCUCAGAGGAGAAAGAGAUACAGUACAUGAUGCCUCAGGAGGUGAUGAAUAUUCUGUUUAUUACCAGUUUGUGUGUGCACUGUUUCUGGAAUGUCCUACAGAGAGCACUGAGGCUGAACAAUCACAUUCCAUCAUUGUGUUCAAAAGUAGAGGUCCUGGAAGGAAUAGGGUUUGCCAUUUCUACUUUGAUCACUGGGAAUGACGCUAUUGCAAUCUCUCUUAUGAUGCUAGCAGUGUCAUGCAAUUUAGUUGCCAUAAGGUUGAAAUCUUAUCUAGGUUUGUUGAACUUUAUUGGACUUGUGUGUUUGGCAUGUUUUGUGUUUUAUUAUGAUUUGAACAUUUCUGUAAACAUAUACGGCCUAGCCUGUUUUGUAGGUCGACAUGCAUUUGAACCAAUCAUUGACCUGUAUUUCUCAGGACUGUCCACUUUAGAGAGAUGGGAAUCUUUCUUUACAUUGCCCAGAUUCUGGAGGCAUACAGUUGUUUUAUUUAUUUUUUUACUCAAUUUAGUAACAGGGGGAAUUAUUGGUCAGUUGUCUGGCAAUCAUAAGGAGUGGUUCAUUGUUGUGCCAUUGUUUAUUUUAUUUGCCAUUUUAUGGCUCUGCUUUCAUUUCUUGUCUUUCAUUACUUGCUGGAAACUCAUGAGUAAAAUCUCUGACUGCAACCUUACAUUUGCCAGUCUUCCAGAUGAAAACAAAAACAUGAACCAAAUCAUGGCUUCCAAAGGUGUUCGUCAUUUCAGCUUGAUCUCGCAGCGAUUGGUGUGCAUCACCUUAGUAACAACUGUGGUUUUGAUGGGUAUAGGGUGGACAACAAGAACUGCUUACAGCCUAAGCCUUAUUUCAAUUUUGCUGCCAAUUGAAUGUGCAACCCUUAGUCUAUUUUGGGAGUUAGGAGCCUCUCUUGGAGGGACUGUGACAGGGUAUGCAAUUAUUGCUCCAAACACGGGACAUAGAAUGAACACUGGUGCCACUCUACUCUCUGGUGCCUUGGUCCAGGAUAUUGGAACUAGAGCUACAGCCUCCCUCAACAAAAUGAACCAGUUUUUCUCCCAUCACAUGAUUGACUGCUACGGCUGUGACUAUUCUACUAGUGGUAUCUCUCUUGACAACCUAGAAAGCAAGGUCAAGGCAUUCUUUGAUCGCAGGACAAGUGAUGGUCCACAGUUUGAUACCUAUAUCAUAUAUUUUUCUGGAGAAACAUACGAUUCAGGAGAUUGGGCUUUAACAGAUGGUCGGUCUCUCAGCCUUCAGACAUUGCUAGACUGGUGGUCCAGCAAAAGGAGAGAUUCUGGUGCCCGCCUUAUCCUCAUCAUGGAUACAGAAAACUCGUAUCUGUGGCUCACUCCUGUAAAAAGGAUAUAUGAGGAAUAUGUCGCCAUUCAGACCUGCAGAUACAACAAAGCAAAGGAUCCAGAAUCUGAAUUGGCCAAAGUUGGUCAUUUUACUGAAGACUACGUUAGUUAUAGCUUAGGAGAGGAUCUGGCUCAGAAUUGGAGUGACAAAGAGAGAAAUGUCCGAGCCUUUUAUCAGGUGUCGAGACGUUGGACCGAUUUUACAUUCCAUCUACCGACUACAGAAGAAAUAAAUAACCACUGGGAUACUAGUUUUCCUAAACUCUUAAAGCCCCUGGUAAGGGCUGUGAACUUUGGUGGGGUAGGGAAUCCCUGUUUUUGUGUUGGAUGUGUAAUGAGAUGCCUGAAAAGGAAGAAAAUGAAAUGGUUGCCGCCUAAAGAAUUGAACACUGGUCAUAGUUUUAAACUUGUCCGAUCAUAGAUGUUUACAAGUAAUUUUUUUUGGUUAAUUUUUUUUAUCAGGCAUUUGGAGGAACUUGUCUAGUCUUGCACAGUUUCUACAAUCUCAUCACUUUGUACAUGAAUAUGAAUGAUCAUUAAGGGUUAUUAGUAGUUUUAUUUUUGAAAAGUUUUAUUUUAUUUGAAGUCGUGCAUGUAUACUCAGUACUUCAUUGAUUGUGUGUAAUUUAAUAUACACUUGUAAGUGUGAAUGUAACUAAAAAUAAAGUCUUUGUAUCAGACAAUU